AUGGGCCGUGGCUUCACUGUGGCAAAAGAGAACGCACAGCACCCCCAGGUCGGGUUCCCCGACGCGCGCAAGCCGGGGAGCCCGCAGCCCACUCGCGUCCUGGAACCCCUCCCUCGCCGCACCCGCAGAGCCUUCCCAGGCCACCGCGGGGAGCGCGGGAGGCAGCGCCAGCCGCGCCAGCCGAGGGAGUUCAGGCAACAGAAGCCGGGAGAGGAGAACCGAGCCAGGCAGGGUUUGGGGUCUCCCGAGGGCAGGUCCACCCUUCCCGUCACUCGCAGCCUCUGGGGCCUCUGGGGCCUCUGGGGAGGUGGCACCCCCAGCCCUGUUCCGUACGCAGAGCCGGGGUCCUCUCCCUGCCGGGACUCUCGCGCCUCCGCUCAAGUCACAGGCGCCCCUUCCAGAGAAGACCGGACGGCCGUCGGGGGCCGCGCCAUCGCGCCCGAGCCAGCGGCGCCUGCAAACCGGGUCCUGCACACGGGGCAGAGCCCAGCGCCCGGCAGACCGCACAGCGCUCGGCAGACCGCACGGGAGGCGCGGGGGGCCCGACCCCCGGCCUCGGGGGAGCCUCAAGAGAGCCCGCGCACGACCGCUCCCGCGAGGAGCUUCGCGGACGCCGCCGCGCACCGGGGCCCCCGCACUCCGCACCGAGACGCUCGCGCCACGCCCGAGCGGGAACCCGCACGCGCACGCCUGCAGACCCGCCCCCGCCCUCGCCGCCGCCGGGCCCAGCCCCCCGCAGCGCGCGCCGGGGGCCCCCCGCAGCGCGCCUUCUCCGGCCAAGCGACCGCCGCCAGCACAGCCCGAGGGCGCCCGGCUGGCGCCCGACCCGCGGGCCCCGAAGCCCCGUCGCCCCGCGCACCGGGUCUCGCUCCACGGGUCGCGCCUGCACUUCAGGCCCCGCCCCCGCCGAGCUCCCGCCGGCCGCAGGGCUCCCCUUUCUCCCUCGCACCGACCUUCGGGGACACAGGACCCGACGUACCGGGACCCGCAGCCACAGCUGCCGACACCCGCAGGGAGCCGGAUUUCCGGGCGGAAGAGGCGGGGCGGGUCCGCACGUGCGCAGAAGGAACCCGAAGACCCAGGGUCCCGCGCGGGCCUCCGUCGUUGUCGCGGGAGACUACAUUUCCCACAGGCCUCUGCGCCCAGUCCUUUAGGAGCCCUGGUGGGUGA